ACGAACGGCGCAGCAAACUGCGUCAUGGCGGAUGUUCACGCUGACCUCGGUAAAAUAGCAGAACGCGUACGGUUUUUGGCAUCGACUCCCAGGACCAGUUUCUUCGCGCCGGCGGCCCGCAAGAUAAGUGCGCUUCAUUAAUCGGCGCAACGAGCGGCGAGCGGGACAAGUUUUGCAAACGAUAUAGGUGUCAUACGAGUCACUACCAAGGCGCCCCGUCGCAGCGCCAAUAUGGCGGACGCGGAGCCACAACAACAAAACCUCAUGGUGGUUGGCGCGAGCGGGGGCCAGGGCGACGGCCCCGCGGUCGCCGACGGCAAACUGGACGGUGAUGCGACCCCGGCGCCGUCGGCCGACGUCUCGACCGCUGACAUCCUGCAGCAGGCGUUCCAGGAGGCCUCGGCGGGAGGCGAGUACGACGAUCAGGUGGUGGCGUACGCGCCCGAAGUUGACGGCGUCGCGCUGCAGCCGCACGGCGACGAAGAAGACCUUGCGGACGGCAUCCUGCGCCAGGAGGUCGGCGAAGACGCCCAGAUCGCCGACAAGGCGGCCCUGGUCGCCGCCGUGGACGGCGACGCGGCCGCCGGGGCCCACGAUCCGGCCACUGUCAACAGUUCGGCGGGAAGCGACGUGUCUCCCGUGCUAGCCGCGCAGGACUUGGCGGCGGACGCCGUGGAAGGCGCGGGAGGUGCCGCGCCCGUCGAAGCCGCCGAGAACGGAGAGCUGUUGCCUGAGAACGGCGGCGGCGGCGUCGAGGGAGUCGCCUCCGCUGACGGGGCCGAAGAAGCGGUCGAGGCGAUGGCUGUGGACGCCGAAGAGCCGUCCCCAGCUCAGCAGCAGGACGAGGAGAUGGGGACCGCGGCGGAGGAACAACUACCCGUCGAGGACGACGCCGCUUCGGCGGCUCCCAGUGCUGCCGACGACGACGAAGAGAGCGUCGAUGCCGGCGGCACCGUCACGAUUCAGCCGGCAGUCGCGACCGCGGCGUCGCAGCAGAAGCAGAGUACGGCGCCCCUGGGAUCGUCGGAGAACCCGAUACAGAUCAUUCAGCAGGGCAACACGUACCAUUCGACCCAGGUGCUGUCGCCCGAGCAGCUACAGCAGAUUGCCCACGUGCUGCAGCAACAGCAGGUGAAUCGGGCCAUCCAGAACGGUGGCUCUGCGGUGGUGUUCAACCCGCAGACCAACACUCGCAUCAUCUACCGGGUCAUCUACCCAUCGGAGUUGAGCAAGCAGACAACCUCUCGGCCCACGACAACCCGGGGUCGGGGUUCGUACUCUGGUCGGGGUAGGGGUCGGCCGCGUGGCCGGGGUCUCGCCAGGCGGGUCGUGGAGGAAGACGACCCGCGUAGCGACGGGCCCGAGCUCUCGCGCGAGGAGAAGGAGGAAAAGAAGAAGCACCGGCCGCGUACACGCUCGGGCCGCAUCUCCAAGCCGCCCUCGUACAUGGUCAAGGACUACAAGCGCAUCCACCAUCUGGAUUUCGACGAUGAGCCGUACGACGACUCAGACGGUGGCUACUCUGAUUACCAGGUCAGCGACGAUGAGGAUCGCAACCGGCGUUCCACCGGUUACGGUGGGAGGCCGCGAAACUUCAAGUGUCCGACCUGCUCCAAGUCCUACAUCGGUCGGGGCGGGCUCUGCAGGCACCUCAGGCUCUACCCGGACCACGGAAACCCCUCAGAUGUUGACGAGAUGGUCGCCCAAGCAGGCGAGAGCACCACUACCACCGACACACCUCCGACGAGCGGCAGCAACAACCCGGCCAUGUACAUGGCAGCACCGCAACGGGGUCGGUAUGCCGACCUGGCCUCAAUGCGCCGGAAAGCUCGGCUUAAAGAGGUGACCAAAGCUUGUCGAGAGGAGGAGCUGAUGGAAGUGGUCCUGCCGCGCCUUGCGGAGUCUGUCUCUCUCUGGGAGUUUCUGCUUACAAAGUGCGAGAAGGGAGACCCACCGCAGUUGCAGAUCCCAGAAAUGCUGAUUCAGCUGGAAGAAGUGUUGCGUGAGAUGCGGGCGUUGAGCCAGGAGAGCCUGGUGCCCGUCGAACCCGGUGAGGAGGCAGCCCACGUCGGAAAUCAACUCAUGAAGAUCGAAGAUGAGAGCGUGGCCCAGGCGAUGGGCAUCACAACCGGCCUCUACGCCAUCCGCGAAGAGGAGGCCGUCGCGAAGGUGGCGCCUGUCGCUCGCAAGCGGCCGCGUGUCGAGUCUGAGAGCAGCCAGAGCCAGCCAGCUAGCACGACAGAGGCCUCCGGCGUGGCCACCGGCACUGGAGGCAGCGGCGUGGAGUUCGUCACGCCCGAGGAGAUGGUGGCUGCGCUGCAUGGGGAGCCGCUGCCGCCCAACAAGCGGAUACGACUCGAUGACGAGGAUGCGUUUGUCGUGCUCACGGGCAGCGGCGUAGACAGCGAGGCGGCGAAGGUCGAUGGCAUCAUCGAGGCGACGCUGAACAGCGACAGCCUGUCGGAAAACAUGCUAGAAAACCUUGAGUUUGCGGGCCUGCCCGUGACGGACGAUGCCGUGACCAACGGCAACGAUGAGGAUGCUCAGCCUGCGACCCCCGUGCCCGUCACUGCGGUCACUGCCACGGCCUCAGCGACGCCCGUGACGACUGCGGUUACAGCAACGCUGGGCGGCCAUGCGGAGACCUUUCAGUUCAUCCAGCAGGCUGGCAAGUCACAGCUGCACAAGGUGCAGAUCCUGCCUGGCCAGUCGCUACUGAACCGCAACUUUGUCCGGGUGGUGACAUCGUCCGAGAGCUCCCUGCCUCCGCCAGCAGAAGAGGUGUCACCGGCUGCGGCAGCGCCGGUCACAAUCGCCAAACACGAGUCGGCAACUCCCCCCGAGGCCACGGAGGCAGCCGACGCCAUACUUCCGGCCGAGCCGGAAGAGGAGCCACAAGCCACAGCAAUAAGCCAAAAGCAGGCAGACGUGCAGGUCGUCGAGAGCCACGGCAAUGAUGACUCUCAACACGAAAUCACCCAGGUGGUCUGCGCGGACGACGGAGAAGCAGUCAACGGCACCGUCGCGGCGGCGCAGCCCGUCAUACGGCAGUACAUGCUCCCCGACGGCCAGAUCGUGAGUGCCUACGAGGACGCCGAGGGCAGCCUAGUGCAGCUGGAGACUCCCGAGGAGGAACAGACAACAGCACUGGGCAACGUGGUCAUCGUGCAGAACCCCGACGGGACCACCACACUCCAAGUUCCCAGUGACGGCAGCAUCCCCAUCGAAACGGUCCAGGCCCUGCUGGCCAUGGAUCAGUCGGCCAUGGUGGUGCACACGCAAGACGAAGGCAUCGAAACGGCUUGAGUUGGUUGGCUUCGGGAUUGGAGUGACGCUUUAGGUGCCAUGUGGGAAACGGACUUUUGGGCUCGGAAACCGAACUCGCCCGACACCAGAUCUGUGCCACGAAGAAGAAGUGUGCGAGCAGGGCCGUAAAUUUUUUCCGAAGUCGCACGUCGGCCGAUGGCAGGCUCGCAGCAGUCCAGAGGCAGGUGCGGGGAGAUGUUUAUUCGGCGCAACGAACUGGGUCACAGCACCAUGUCGCAAUGGAGGUUACUGUAUCGCGCAAUGAACUGUGCGUACGACACGAUGCAGUGAACAGCGAUGUGCACAGUGGUGACUGUACAUCAGGGUAACGCACGUCUUGUUACGCUUUUUUUUUUCUUUGUUAGUGUGUCCCUGAUGCAAGCAGCGUCUUAUUGAUACUGCUUGAAAAUAAUACAUUUGUUGGGCCGAGAACUUUUUUGGUUAACAUAUUCUUCUGAGUUAGUUUUACAAUGACUCUUCUUUUUUUGCUGUGUGCUUAUACAAAAGGAUUCGCGAGAUUUUUCUUUGGCAGAAGUCACUGGCAAGCAAUACCAGCCGCAAAAAAAUUAUGAAAAAAGAAAGCCGUUUACUGCAUAUUGGACAAGUGUAGCACCAUGCUAUGUAAAGCAACAGCUUUCAAGAUAAAAAGCCAGGCCUUUCUUUUUUCUUUGUUGCACCUUUACAUAGACAGCAAAUGCACGCCUGUACAAAAGGUCUCGUCCGCUUUACAUGUUUUUUCAUAUUCUACAAGAGCCAGGUGACACGGGGCCCGAGGAAACAAAAGAGUGCUUCUUGUGGAUCGAUACUUUUUUUUUGUCUAUGACUCUCGCUCGUGUCCAUAUAUUCACAUGUACAGUCCACCCAUUCAUUGUCAGCACUGUUUACUACUACUACAUUGGCAUUGCAGACCGAGCGACGACAUCGUUACUGGUCUUCGAGCCGGUCAAAGCCAGUCUCGACGGCCUCUCCACAUUCAUUCUUCUCUUUUUUUUUCAUAGUUUGCAGAAGUUUGAUGUGUAUAUAACCAAUUUCAGCGCUACCGCGGUUGCUUUUUUUGAAACUGCCGCGGCGGAGGUACGACAGAGGGCCGACAGAACGCGGGGGAGCGUUUUUAAGUCGCAGAAGCGGUGACUUCGACGACAACGCGAUUUCUUUCUCUCUACCCUGGCAAGUACAAUUUGAGUGUCACGUGCGUUGCGGGAAACAAAAAAAAGCGCGAAUGGCAUGGACAGGACAUUUGAAAGCUUGCACAUUUCGAAGUUUGACGCCGCGAUGCGCGUACGCGUAUACCGCGGGCGUGGUCAAAGUCGGCAUUGCCAACACGCCUGGCAGGCAGUUUGGUAAGUGCUAUUGGACUAAAAAAGGACUUGUACAUAGGCCUAGCACUUUGAAUGCUUCUCAUAUCUAUGUUGCCCAGCCUUGCCCGACAAAUGGGCAGGCCUUUGCUUAGCUGUUAUAAUGUCUCUCGUGUGCUUCGCCAUGGAGCACGUUGCACCAACUUCUGUCUUUGUUU